CAACUAAAAAAAACACUACUAUCGAGUAGUACUCCAUUUUGGCCAAAAACAGAGAAGAAAACACCCAAAAUUUUAGAGAGAGAUCGUUCUUCUACUCCAAUCAUUCCGGCAAUCGAAGAUAACAGUGGGGUUGCCGAGAAGAGCUUAAACUUCUUCACUCGUUACUCCAUCAUUCUAAAACAAAGAUCAGUGUCAGUUGAGCUCUACAGUUCCCACCCGCAACAAAAAUGGCUGCGUUUUCUUCACUUUGUUCAAUCCAAGUGGAAAAUCCCUCUCUCUCGUCUUCCUUCCAUUCUCCCUCCAGCAAGUCUCUCCUCCGAUCUCCGUUAUCUUUCAGGAAGUUAUCCAGCAUUUCUUUGUCUUCUCCUGCUCUUCGUGGAAGAAUAUCAUGCCAAGCCUCUUCUGCUACCUCACCUUCAUCAUCCGUUAAUGGAAAAGUGAUAUCAGAGUUGAAAGAUUUUCUGCACAUUAACGAUUUUGAUAAAGACACAAUAUUGAAGAUGUUAAACCGAGCUGCAGAGGUUAAGGCAAUGCUAAAAUCGGGGGAGAAGACAUUUCUUCCCUUUAGGGGAAAGACAAUGGCUAUGAUCUUUGCCAAACCCUCUAUGAGAACACGUGUUUCAUUUGAGACUGGAUUUUUCUUGUUGGGUGGUCAUGCUAUAUAUCUAGGACCUAAUGAUAUUCAAAUGGGUAAGCGGGAGGAAACUCGGGACAUUGCCCGUGUCUUGUCUGGCUACAAUGAUAUUAUAAUGGCCCGCGUCUUUGCUCAUCAGGACAUUCUUGAUCUGGCCAAAUAUGCAACUGUACCUGUUAUCAAUGGCCUGACAGACUAUAACCACCCAUGCCAAAUUAUGGCUGACGUUCUCACAAUAAUUGAACACAUUGGUCAGUUAGAAGGAACUAAGGUUGUCUAUGUUGGAGAUGGCAAUAACAUUGUGCACUCCUGGCUGUUGAUGGCAUCUGUUAUACCUUUCCACUUUGUUUGUGCAUGCCCUGAAGGUUUUGAACCUGAUGUGGAAACAGUUAAGAAGGCACAGCAGGCUGGUAUCAGCAAAAUUGAGAUUACAAAUGAUCCAAAAGAAGCUGUUAUAGGAGCUGAUGUUGUGUACUCUGAUGUAUGGGCCAGCAUGGGGCAGAAGGAAGAGGCUGCACAGCGCCGUAAAGCUUUCCAAGGAUUUCAGGUGGAUGAAAAUCUUAUGAAGUUGGCUGGCCCGAAAGCUUAUUUCAUGCAUUGUUUACCGGCUGAAAGAGGGGUUGAAGUGACUGAUGGAGUGAUUGAGGCUCCGAACUCAAUUGUCUUCCCACAAGCUGAGAAUCGCAUGCAUGCGCAGAAUGCUAUAAUGCUUCAUUUGCUUGGCGUGUGAUUGCAUCGGCUCUGUCGAGUUAUUGGGUGGGAACUGCUUAGUUAAUAAUAAACGUUUGGACUUCUGCAGUUUGCUUUCGGGUUUAGAUAUGUGUACAAUUUUGUAUGUUGACAACACACUCUUUCAUUUGUGCUAGCCCAAGUCUUCGGUUUUAUGCUCCAAACUUGUUGACAACACUGAGUGCUUGCUAAGUUCCUUAUAA